CGCAGCGUGUGUGUGUCACAGUUACCUUGGUGACCACAACAAACAAUGCCGGCCAGCGCGCGGGUCACACUCUGCUACGGACCGUAUGAAUCCAAUGGAGCCGUGGGACACCGGGCCUUCCGCCUGCAGGGCCUCCAGGCCGCCCUGAGAGCGCGCGGCCACCAGUGCGUCCUGGAGGAGACGCGUGAGAGGAACGUGGUGGAGCUCGUGGUCAGCGGGGAGGUCGUCUUCAGCUGCCAUAUCAAGCAGCUGCAGUUCGAAUGUGUCCCCUCCAGGUGGAGAUGGACAGCUGGACCCUGUGUGCAGGGAGGCUGUUGCUGCUGUGGAGAACGCUCACUGAGGAGACAAACAGGGACCUGCCACUCAGCUUUUACAUAAAAAAAAACACCCAUGUGCAUAUAAUUUGCUUUGUUGCUUAUCCAACAAUGCACCAUAGUGUAUUAAGACUGCGUUCCAUUUGUAUAUAAACACUCACUAUGGUACUUAUUGUAUUUUAGGCUAUUUGUGCUGCUGCAAGACUGAGAAUGUGUGCUGCUGAUAAUCAGACAGUAGUUCAACAUUAGUGCAAAAUCUCCCCGCACCACAAAAUCCUCAGAUUCACUGCGUGGUAAUUUGUGUUAGUUCGGCGGGAGCCACAUGAAGAUAUCCUGACAGGAAACAUCACAAACUGGCUGGUUCGUGCACGGCCCAGGUCAGAAAGGCUCUUCAGCGGGUGAUUAAAAACCGGUAUCCAUUUACGGAGCAUGAGUGAGAGAGGUGAAGUGAGAUGUCUGUGCAGAGCCCAGAGGGAAACUAAAAGACAACUCUCACCCCAGCCAGAGUCCGGUCACCCUGCUGCCGCCUGGCAACAGAUACAGAACGCAUCUGCUGCCAGACUACAGAGCAGCUUCUGUCCCAGGGCUGCGAAACUUCUCAACUCAUCUUCUUCACUCCACCAUAUGGGUAGAACAAAGAGACUACAACUUGCUUUCAGUUGUGGAACCCAGUGUUGUAGAAUGAAAAGUAAAUGAACUGGAAAUGGCAUCACGAAGCAAAAUAUCAACUCCAUUAUUAGCUAAUCUUGGUGGGGUAAUCUCUCUUGAGGCCCUCUGUUAAAAAAAACACUUUUAACACAUUUGUCAUUUUAGUUUAUAUUGGGCUCUCGUGAGGCCUAUUCCAGAUGUAUAUGGCUAAUUCCAGCAUAGAUGUAUGGGUUGCUCUCCGGGUCUCUAGGGAUAUAAUAAAUCUAUCAUAA